AUGAAAAAUAUAAUUGCAGCCACAUUGACGACUUUACUGAUUGGUUUUGGUUUCUACCAUGUAAAUUUAGAUUCUGCUUCUGAUUUUGAAAGAUGGGCUUUAAAACAUGGCAAAAGUUAUUAUGGAGAUGAGAAAAUUUACAGAUAAACAAUUUAUUAUCAAAAUAAAUAAAUGAUUGAUUAACAUAACAAAAGAAAUGAUAUUACUUAUUAAAUGGCAGAAAAUCAAUUUAUGACUAUUACAAAUGAAGAAUUUAUUAGACUUUAUUUGAAUACUAAAUCAUCUGAAUAAUUAAAUGAUUAAGAUAAAGUUAAAAGAAAUAAUAUACAUAAAUCUUCUGAACCAAUCAAUAAAGAAAAUAAAAAAUGGCCAACUGAUUGGAGAGGUUUGAUAAAAGUUCACAAUUAAGGAUCUUGUCCUUCUUCUUAUGCAAUGGCAGCAGUUAGUGUAGUCGAAGCAGCAUAUGCAAUUGAAAAAGGAAUAUCUUUAACAUUAUCAGCACAAUAAAUCAUGGAUUGUAAUUAUAUGUUUACUGGAUGUGAUCCUAAUUUUGAUAGAAAUACAGCCUAUGAGGCAUUAUUAUACAUAAGGUAAUAUGGAUUAUAUAAUGGANUAAAAGUUGAAAUUUUAUAUUUUGUGAAAUAUCUUUGAA